AUGAAUUUAUCAACCGACGAUGAUAUCAAACUUGAAGAAACCUCAAGCGUAUCCACUACUAUUCAAAAUAGCCAAUUAAGUGUACAGGAACUUUUAGAUUUUUUAAUAAUAGCGCACCGUGUCAACGAAGUUUUAGCUAAUGAUGAUGGAGAUGAUAAAUUGCACGACACAUUUAUCAGUUGGUCGGAACUAGCCCAAAACAAUUUAUUGCUGCGAUUAACGGCUAAAGUGAACGAUUCGGAAACCAAUCCGGGGACGGUAACAAUGCAGAGCACCAAUAUUGAACGUGCUCAGUGCGUUUUAAAAAACAAACUAAAAGAGAUCAUGAACGAAGGCAUUUUAGAUUCAGUUCUUCCGUAUAUUGUUAAAAAGAGUCUGACUUCAAACGUGCUGAAGACAUUGGUGUCGAAUGGCGAUAAAGUCGGCAAUCCGUCGCCGCCGAACAAAGAUAAAUUAUGCUCAAAACAAAAAUCUACUGGUUCUACUGAGAAUUUCUCCAAAUCGAGGGGAGAUUCCGAGAUCGAGAUUAAUGUUUGUGAUGCCGUUCAAAAGGUUAAAAAAGUGUUCAGAUGCCCUAAACGACUCCUCAUAUCGAAAAUGGGUUAUUUCGCUGAAGUUGCCAAGGGCCAACGUUUGGAGGAUAUUGAUAUAUCCGUACAUUGUGAAAUACCUAUUUUCGAUUGGUUGAUCAAAUGGGUGAAGAAGGACUUUAAGCCGAAAAACGAGUGUCCUUUAUUAGAUUAUGGAAAUGUAGUGCCAAUAUUGGUUUCUGCGUCAUUUUUACAAAUGGAACCUUUGUUUCAAGAGUGUUUGAAUUUCUGCAAAGACAACAUUAACGAUGUGUUAUCCUCUUCAGCAAGUUUUGGUUGUGUCAAUGAAGGAGUAAUUACAAGGUUAUCCAAUCAAUUCAAUAACUGUGAUAUAGAAAACAUAAAAGACGUUAGAGAUAAGUUAAAAUCGCGUUUAUUCACCAAAUUAAUAGUAGAUUUAUGCAAACGAAGUCCAAAACGGGAAUUUGGACAUUACAGUACUUUUGCCUACGCUUUUUAUUGCUGUCGUUGUAGUACUGUAUUGAUUCCUAAUGUUGCUGCGAUGAUACCCUGUAAACCACCGAUUUAUAAGAUAGCACAAAAUGGGACCGUUAUUGCUUGUCACUCAAAAGAUCCAAGGUGGACACUCAACGACCACGUGAAGUCGCUAUUUUCGAAACACAAGUGCUGGCGUAUUGUUUAUUGGUCACUAUGGUCAGAAUGUCAUUUUUUGCGCUGUUCCCGUUGUCAACACAUGUAUCCUGUCAAAAACCACAGAUGGUGUCAAUUUCACACCCAACAACCUCAGUUUUAUCCAUUAGAGAACAAUCGAUAUCUUCAUUAUCCAAUUGGACGUUAUCCAUGUUGUAACGAAAAAACAUUCAAAUACGAACCAAUCAAAACUUCAUUUGGUUGUCAUUAUCGAGAACACGUUCCAUUACUCGAACACACAACCGACGUAGAAAUUCACCAAGUUAUGCAAAAGUUUCUAUCUUUAACAACGGUUGACCCGCCGAUGUUUUUCUCCGAUGGUUUAUCAAAACUUACAGAAAUGAAUAGUACACGUAAGAAUAAUAAAAAUAAUGCUUGGUUAAGUGAAAAUCACAAAUUUGCUCCGUUCAACGAAGGACCGUCCAAGAAAACGCAAUUCUGGUGGGAUAAUAUUAUCAUAGGAACACCAUCGACGAAAAGACCGCUGCUAACGGAGCUGUGGGAUAAACCUCUUUCCAGGAUGCCUUUAUCGCCUAAUAACAAUGAAAAUAUGUACGAAUCAUCUGAGACUUUAGGAAAUGAAAUUAAUUUAUCUUUUGGUUCUUCAUUUGAAGAAGUCGAAGAUUCCUUAUCGAGUUUCAGUGAUAGCGAUUCUACUUAUUCAGAUAAGGUGUCUUCUGCUAAAAAACAGAAACCUAAACGGUUUUCAAAAGCCAUAAGGACACUAAAACAAAGAUACAGGUAUUCCGGAAACUAUCAAUGGUCACUGACUGCGCCAAUGCGAUGCAAUCAAGAUAAUCAGAGGGAAUAUGAAGAACGGUGCUUUAGACAAAUUGCUCGACACGUUCUUCACCAAUCCAAUUCGACUACCGGAGAAUGCGAUCGUAUGCUUAUCGCUGGUACCUCGCCUGCGGAUGUCGGACAACAACCUAUUGGCGGUUGUUACGUGAAACUAGAAUCAGAGCUGCUCUCGAAAAUCGAUCCGAAAACCCCACAAAGACCAAACACCGUGGACGGUAAAUGCCAAAUUAAGGCAAAAGUAAAAAAAACAAAGCCUAACGCUUAUUGA